AUGGCAUCAAUGGAUGCUCUAGGGGCCUUCACCCACAUGAAAGACAACCUCCCUGCAUGGAUCAAUCGCGUUUCAGAGCUUGCUACACACACCCACAAGAAACACGGUGAAUACUCAGAAGCCUACCGACGUCACGCAAACUUCAAGCCCCGCCGGCGGAAAAACAGCUCUGUUUGCUCCAUUCAUACCGAUGACCUCGUUCCAAUCGCACAAAGAAAGGGUCCCAGCCCAGAACCUGUGGCAGUUGAGACACCACAGGAUGCGUCUGAGCAAGGUCAACGUUCAGGUCGCAAGCGCACUACAGAUGAGGCCCCGUCAGUCGAGUCCAAUGAAGAAUACAACACGUUGGUAAGCACACGGCACAAUGUCAUCAUUGAGUAUGAUGGCCAUACGCAGCAGACGCUUGAGGCAAUCGUACGUGAUAUAGGAGUGGCCAGGAACAACAUCAGGCGGGGGCAGAUGGCAUUGAUGCCGCGUACAGGGCUUCGCGCGGGCCUGUUGAGCAAAGGCAUGAAUAUGCCAAGUGGACUGGGACAGACAGGGCCACUCUCUUGUGUUCGCAGCACCCGGACCACCGCUGGACUUGUCGGUGUCUCUGGGACUAGCGCACUUCGGAAAGACUCGCCUUUUGACUUUGCAGACAAGCAACUGGAACUUGCCCACUCGCUUUGCGAGACGGCAGCUUAUCAGGUCCUUCGAUCUGGCGACUGUGGAACGGAACUGGACGGGGUGGAGGAGAAGUUCAAGAUGCUACUCGAGGCGGCUAUCAACGAAGUCGACCGUAUCAUGGCCGAAAAGAAGCAGCAAGAAGAGCACGAGCAAAAACAGCAAGAAGGGACGGCAGAAGAAGGGCCUCCCAAACCGCCCCCUACCCCAUCCGCGGCGCGACUCGCAAGGGUUGCUGCUAUUGCUGCGAGCAAGCCCUCAAUGGCGGCAGGCACCAUUGAAGUCGAUGAUAACUCGUCUCUCUCGGCUGAGUCGAUUGACCUAUCUGCAUUCCGAUCCCGGAUGCGAGCGUAA